AUGACUGAAGACGAAGACGGUGGUGCAGUUAAUACGGGAACAUUAAACCCUCAGUUGUAUCUUCAAGAUGAGGUGGAGUUACUUCUCGGGACGUGGAACAGAGAGGACAAUGGGAAGUGGAUCUUCGAACACGACCCAAUGCUAGCUCCCAAAACCAUUCAACUUCAGACAAAACUCUCUUAUGCGGCUCUUGUCUCGCUCGUGAAAGGAACACUUCACCUUCUGGCGAAAAAUAUAUCCAUCAAACUGGCGUAUCAAUAUCCACCAUGGAUGGCAAUAGAUGAUGGCGAUGGAUCCACCCCACAGUACAUAACAGAUGACCACAAAGUUGAGGUAUUUAUCCAGAUGAGGCGACACGUCGAGGAAGUAAACCUCUGCGUCACGGUCACACGUCAUAUCGGAGCUAUGAUGGCAGAUGAUGAGCGGAUACGUUGUAGUCAGUAUCAACAACCACUUACAACAGCGGAAGAUGAUGGGAUAGGUGGUCAGUCGGACGGAGAAGGAACCGAUGAAGAGUGGCAUCGAUUUGCAAUGUCCAAAACUCCACUAACAGCUCCGCUCACCGCUCCACUAACCGCUCCUCAAGGAACGAGAGCAGAGGACGAGCAAGUCGUUCCAACUCUACAUGGUGAGAAGACAGUCCCAGGACAUAAGAGAGGCAGAGACGAAGGGAUUUCUAUUCGCGAAGGCGAACCCAUUAUCCGUCUAUCCAAUGUCGAAUGUGAUCCUCGUGAUGAAGGGAAGGCGAUUGCGGCAGAUUUUGAAAGCGAUUCAGACAGCGACGGUCCAAGAACGCAUGGUGCAAGAAGGCAAUUGUUCUCCAAGGACGAAGGCACGGAAGGAGAAAAAUCAGAGGAGCCUUUCCCCGGUGAUACUUCAUCUGACACGCCGUCUGGAGCUAGAGAAAAUAUCCCAUACAAUCCAUGGGGACGAUUCGACGAAGCGUUACACUAUAUCCUUUGCGAUAUCAGUGCCAAUCCGGCCAUGUUAGGCAGGGAUGCUCCACCAGUUUUCCCCAUUGGCGUUGAAGAUGCUGUUGAUUCAGCGCUUGCCGACGUGCGUUAUGAGGGUGAUAAACUUUUCGUUGGUCGAGUAUUCAAGUCGAAAACGGAUUGCAAACUUAAGAUCGCUAUUCAUGCUAUCAAUAGGAGGUUUCACUUUCGCACAACGAGGUCAAGCCCAACAUUUAUGGUCAUGAAGUGCAGCUGCCGAACAUCGCCCAACCGCGCAGUCCGGCUGGCCGAGGAACGAAUGUUCCGCGCUCGGCCAAAUCUCGUCCGUCCGUCUGAAGUCUCGGCCAAAGUCCAAAACCGUUCGGCCGCGCGCAAGUCACGACCCGGGAAACUAUUGCCCGCGGUCGGCCACGCCACGCCACGACCGCGCACGACCAAACCGCGCGAGCCGGGAGUAACGCCUCGCGGCCGCGCAACUCAUCUCGCGUACCACGCACGAACGCGCCGUCCGACCCGGAAACUACGUUCUGCGUCCGGCCAAGAUUCACCGUUCCGACUCGGCCACAUACCGAUUGUCCGGCCGAUCGUCCCGCACGACCGUCCCAACGCCGCGGUCGACCCGAAGCCCUUUUUGAAGCCCAAACUUAUGUUUUCAAGCCCGGCUUAA